UGUUGUUUUGGCUGCUGUUCGUGAUGGUGUGGUUGUUUGUGGCAAUAGAAGAUAUUGUAGCCUCCGGCCCAUCCCAUAACAUGGCCUGGGUUGAGGAUCAUCUGUUGACACUCGCCCUCUCGGUGGAGGCAUGCUAGGAGUGGCACCAGAAGCUAUGGCUAGCGCUAGUUGAUUCAGGAAAGGCCUUCGACACCGUCGAUCACGAGGCGCUGUGGAAAGUGUUGCGCGACUUCGACAUCGAGAAAGGGUACAUAUCGUUAUUGCGCAAACUGUAUACAGACCAAGCCGCCACAGGAGUUGCAGGGGAAAAGCUCAAGCAGUUCGCGUGGGGCAGAGGUGUAAAGCAAGGCGACCCGAUCAGCGGCCUUCUCUUCAAUGCUGUCAUGGAGAGGUGCUCCCGGACUUUGAAGGGCAAGUGGGGAUCUCUGAUCAAUCGCAGAACUGGCCAGUACUUCGGCUUCGUCAUUGACGUCCCAUGCCGUCUGUUGACAAACUUGAGAUUCGCUGAUGACGUGCUUCUCUUUGGCCAGAGUCAGAACGAUGCGGCAAACAUGCUGUCCCACCUACAGCAAGAAGCUGCGCAGGACGGAUUCAUCAUGCACCCGGACAACACAAAUUUGCUCGCGAUUGUGAGCGUUAGAGUUGGUUCAUACGUGAAGAUGGGAAACGCUAGUGUAGAGGUUGUGCCGCCCACCGGUUUUGAGAACUAUCGAGGGCGCAUUAUCUGCCUGGGCGAGUACCGUGAGACAGAGUUCGCCAAUCGAGUGGUAGCGGCGUGGAGAGUUUUUGGCCCAGCUCUAGCACAUUCUCUGUUCGAGGCGAUACGCUUCGACUUCGAGACUCAAGCUGUUUGACACAGUGGUUACGCCUGGUGUUCAGUACGGGUCGUCGGCCUGGACUGCACAGGAGGAUGCCCGGAGGCGACUGCUGACCACAUGACGAAAGAUGCAUCGUAAGAUCGUUCAGGUCUCCAGAUACCGUCAGGAAACAUGGAUGGAGUACGUGAUCCGGUCCACCCGGGAGUGCGAGAAGUACAUGUACACAUUCGGGAGAAGGGACUGGGCUGUUAUUCGGAGGGGCCGCAAGAAGAAACUUGCCUUUGCAACUUUAAAUAAUACUCGAGGCAAGUGGAGCACGAGGCUGCUACAUUGGACGCAAUUCUGCCGCACUGCCGCGCGGCGACCGCUGGGACGACCCCGCAAGAGGUGGGGAGACGCUGAUUGAGGCCUCUGCCAGUCCUUUGCGAUUUUCGGCUCAGUGCAUUCUUCUCCUCCGAUCUCUCCUCUUCAGCUCCGUGCACUUUUGGGUCGCCGAUGCCAAGUUUGCGAUAUUUGCCGCUUGCGCCGGGC